GAGAGUGAGGAUGGGAUGCGGGGUGUUCCGCCACUGAAGAAGGUCUCACUGAAGUGACUCCGGUUGGCAGACGGACAACACCUUCAGUCAAGGCGGAGGGGAAAUAGAGACAGGAGCAGACAAUGCGGCUUUGCGAUGCGAUAAUUGCCUCAGUUUACUCCCAACCGGGGAUGAGAGAAUCUUCUCUCCACUGAACAUGAAUGAAAAUAUUUUUCUAUGAUCCGGCACAUUCCCCUCAUCGUUUCGACCACAAAACCUGCGUGUUCACAAUCCCCCGAUAUUUAGACUGAGAAAGAAAAUACAAAGAUGAAAUUUCCAAUCGAAAACCCGAGAAAACAAGUGAACUGGGACCCGGAACAAGUGGCCGUCCAGACCAACUUGGCGCCGCCCAAGAAGCCCCAGCCUGGCAUGGUGAAGUCCAGCCUGGUCCAGGCCAGUGUGCAAACCAUGCAGAACCCAAUGGGCUGCGACCUCAAACCCAACGGUCACUGCCCCCUGCCACGUCUGUCCAUCUCGUCCCGCUCGGCCAGCAUCGUGGCCAGCAUGGACGCCAGCUGCGACGGGUCGGCCACAGCGCUUCACUCCGUCAUGAAGUGGAAGACGGUGCUGGCCGUCUUCAUCGUGGUGGUCCUCUACUUGGUGUGCGGCGGCCUGGCGUUCCGAGCGUUGGAGCAGCCUUUCGAAAGCAACCAGAAGACCAGCAUCACCCUGGAGAAGGCGUCUUUUCUGGCCAGACAUAGCUGUGUGACUCCACAAGAGCUGGAGGCCAUCAUCAAGCAUGCCAUUGACGCAGUGAGUGCAGGUGUGAGUCCUAUUGGCGACACUUCGUACAACUCCAGUUACUGGGACUGGGGCAGUGCCUUCUUCUUCGCUGGAACAGUGAUCACCACUAUAGGUUACGGAAACAUAGCUCCGAGCACGGAGGGCGGAAAAAUCUUUUGCAUCCUUUAUGCCAUAUUUGGCAUCCCUCUCUUCGGCUUCUUGUUGGCGGGGAUCGGAGACCAGCUGGGAACCAUAUUUGUGAAGAGCAUAUUGAGAUUUGAGAAGAUAUACAGGCAAAAACACAAGCAGAUCAGCCAGACGAAGAUCCGAGUGACGUCCACCAUGCUCUUCAUCCUGGCCGGCUGCAUCGUGUUCGUCACCAUCCCCGCCGUCAUCUUCAAACACAUCGAGGGCUGGACGACGCUGGAGGCCAUUUACUUUGUGGUGAUCACACUCACGACGGUGGGCAUCGGCGACUACGUGGCAGGUGGGAACCGGAGGAUCGAGUACAUCAUCUGGUACAAACCUCUGGUGUGGUUCUGGAUCCUGGUGGGCCUGGCCUACUUUGCAGCCGUCCUCAGCAUGAUCGGUGACUGGCUCCGAGUCCUGUCAAAGAAGACCAAAGAGGAGGUCGGGGAGUUUAAAGCUCACGCAGCUGAGUGGAAGGCAAACGUCAGGGCAGAAUUUCGUGAAACCCGCAGACGACUGAGCGUUGAGAUCCACGACAAGCUCCAGCGGGCAGCGACCAUCCGUAGCAUGGAGCGGCGUCAGCUGGGCCUGGAGCAGCGAGCGCACUCUCUGGACAUGCUGUCUCCGGAGAAGAGGGCGGUGUUCGCCAGCCUGGACGCUGGCCGCUUCAAGACUUCCUCGCAGGAGAGCAUCGACACGAAGCUCAACAACUUAAGAAUGAAAGGUGCCUGUGAACCGUACGACCAUCAAGGCGGUAACCAGGACCCUCAGACCGCGUCAUCGUCGGAGGAAAACCUCUUCAACCUGCGACUGGGAUCUCUGACCAAGCUAGCCAAACGCAACAAAAACAUACGCGUGAACAUUCCUGAAGACAUUCGCCGGACAAGCGUCGGCAUAAGCAGCGGCAGUUCCAUGCUCGGAGCAGAGGGGGCGGAAGAGGGAGAGCAGUACGAGGAGGUCGACGAGACAAACAUGAAAAAGGCAAAUACCAGUCUGACCAACCUGUCGCAGUACGCCGUGGAGCGCAGCAAGCUUAACGGUUUUCUACCAGUGCUAGUCAAAGAUCAAGACGCCGACUGAGAACUACGAGACUAGAAAGUCAGGAUUCUGUGUCGGGGCGUUCGCUCUGAGAAAUGUGCCUUUUGGUUUCCUCAGUCGGUCCUGGACUCUUCCCAGGAAACUCAUUGUGCCAUAGCCAAGGGAGGAAAGCUGGCGCCAAAUACGAACAAACCGAAAGGCCACGAGAGAGUGAAGUUAAAAUACCUCAUUUUGGAUGUCAUGUACGACAGACUCUUUUUGAAGCGCCCCACCUCAUAUUUAUUGCCGGAGCAUAUCGGACCUCCAGACGGCGCGACCCCUGACCAUCCGUCCACGAGGACGGCAUCGAUCUCACCGAGGCUAUUUUUAGAUCAGGAGCUGACUUUAAUUUUUAAAGCAUGGCGACUGGGGGAGCGGAUCAAUAGCAAGCGCUAUCGUUUACCGAAUCUUGUCUUACAGUUACUCCUGCACAACAUGAGGAUAUACCGCCUGCCACACGCUUUCAGAUACAACACUUUGAUUGUGCAUGUUUUGAAAACAUGGACAGAAAUUAACUUGAAAGGUACGACUCCAAUAAACUGCACAUUUUGUAAACAAAUGGAGGGACUGUGGAGAGGUUUGGCCUGGAGAUUGUCAGCAUUUAUACAGCUCAUGAUACUCACCGAUGUCUUCACCUUUCAAACUGAUGAAUGUGAUUUUGCACCGAAAAGCAUGUGAGCGUUCCUUUUUACUUUUAUACCAAGCACUUAUACUUUGAUUUAACUGUACAUUAUGAACCAAUUUUGUCCGUGGUGAGUCUCAAGUUCACUUUAAAGACUGUAAAUAAAGAUGGAUGACAACUUUAUUUGGAGGAAAAGAUUAUUAUUUCCAAUCAAUGAAUGAACCAAAUGACCUAAUCUCUGAGAUGCGUUGGUGAACCCUCUAGUCGUCCAUCUUUAUGAAUUGUGCUCUCCAAAAUGCUUUGUUUCAUGCGACUGAACAUCACUUUCUUUUUUCAAUAUCCGUCCAGAACUGUUUAAAGACACACAUCAAGAACAAUUACCUUACAUUCCUAGUAACC